AUGCCUACCUGCCGCCUCGGUCUGCUCGUCGCCGCCCUCCUCCUUGGCCUGCUGCUGGGUCUCCCCCCGGUCACAGGCACAGGAGCAGAGAAAUCAGGCGUGUGCCCCGCGCUAGAGGUGGACCUGAACUGCACGCAGGAGUGCCUCUCGGAUGGGGAAUGCGCGGACAAUCUCAAGUGCUGCCGGGCCGGCUGCGCCACCGUCUGCCAGAUGCCCAAUGAAAAGAAGGGUUCCUGCCCUCAGGUGGACAUCGCCUUCCCCCAGCUCGGCCUCUGCCUGGACCAGUGCCAGGUGGACAGCCAGUGUCCUGGUCUGUUGAAAUGCUGCCACAAUGGUUGCGGGAAGGUGUCCUGUGUCACACCUGUCUUCUGA